UCCCCAACCCCGAGCACCGCGGAGACGCCGCCCCCGGUCUCCGGACUGCUUGGCGCAUCCGGACGCGAUCGGGGAACGUCCACCGGGACGCGAUCGGAGAACUUGGAUGGCACCGGGGGCCCUGCUGGGGACUCGGGGAUCCGCUGGAGCGUCUAGCCCCCGAGUGCCUCUGGGUUUUGGGGGGCGGGGAGAGCCUGCCCAGGUCCACCACCCAGGACCGCCCAAACCUCGGUGGCGCGCGCGCACGCCGGGUACGCCCCCGACGCUCGCUGGCCGCGCGCUUUUCAAAUCCGAGCAGUGAUCAUUUGAUCAAAACAGCUGUGCUGUCUAGGGUACUUUUAAUCCCCUAUUGAUCCUUUAAAAACGAACUCUUUAAAUGUGUUGCUCAUCAUGUGUUUGCUUCUGAAGACUUGCGAAUUAAAAUCAGCAAACACGUCUAAACCAAAUAUUCUGCUGAUAAUGGCGGACGAUCUGGGCAUUGGGGAUCUCGGUUGCUAUGGAAACGACACACUAAGGACACCGAACAUCGACCGGCUGGCGGAGGAAGGCGUGAGGCUCACCCAGCACCUGGCGGCCGCCCCCCUGUGCACCCCGAGCAGGGCCGCCUUCCUCACGGGGAGACACGCCUUCAGAUCAGGCAUGGACGCCACGGAUGGCUACCGGGCCCUGCAGUGGAACGCGGGUUCGGGGGGACUCCCGCAGAAUGAAACCACGUUUGCGAGGAUCCUUCAGCGGCAAGGGUACACCACGGGCCUCAUCGGAAAAUGGCAUCAGGGUGUAAACUGUGCCUCGCGCAACGACCACUGCCAUCACCCUCUGCACCACGGCUUUGACUAUUUCUAUGGCAUGCCCUUCACGCUGAUCAACGACUGCCACCCAGACAAGCCCCCGGCACUGGACGCGGGCUUGAGGGCCAGGCUGUGGCUUUCCACCCAGAUCAUGGCCCUGGGCGUGCUGACCGUCGUGGCCGGCAAAGCCUGCAGGCUGAUCUCCGUUUCCUGGAGACUAGUCUUGAGUGUGGCCAUCCUGGUCCUGCUCUUUUUCACGUCCUGGUACGCCAGCUUUGGCUUCGUCCGCCGCUGGAACUGCAUCCUGAUGAGAAACCACGAAGUCACUGAGCAGCCCAUGGUUUUGGAAAGAGCUGCGAGCCUCGUGCUCAAGGAGGCUGUCUCCUUUCUUGCAAGAAAUAAGCGUGGUCCUUUCCUGCUCUUUCUGUCUCUGCUGCAUGUCCAUGUGCCCCUGGUGACCACAGAAAGGUUCCUUGGGAAAAGUCGGCACGGCUUGUACGGCGACAACGUGGAGGAGAUGGACUGGCUCGUGGGGGAGAUUCUGAACGCCGUUGAAAAACACGGUCUGAAAAACACGACUCUCACAUACUUCACCUCUGAUCACGGGGGACACUUGGAGGCGAGAGAUGGACACGUCCAACUGGGCGGGUGGAAUGGAAUAUACAGAGGCGGCAAAGGCAUGGCCGGCUGGGAAGGCGGGAUCCGGGUCCCAGGGAUAUUCCGGUGGCCUGGGGUCCUGCCGGCCGGCCGCGUGAUCCAUGAGCCCACCAGCCUGAUGGACGUCUUCCCCACUGUGGUCCAGCUGGCGGGCGGCCAGGUGCCCCAGGACAGGGUCAUCGACGGCCGGAGCCUGCUGCCCCUGCUGCGGGGAGAUGCUGAGCACUCGGCACACGAGUUCCUGUUUCAUUACUGCGGGCCGUAUCUCCACGCCGCCCGCUGGCACGACAAGGACAGCGGAAGGCUCUGGAAGGUCCAUUACACCACGCCCCGCUUCCACCCCGAGGGCGCAGGGGCCUGCCACGGCCGCAGCGUGUGCCCCUGCUCGGGAGCCGGCGUGACCCACCACGACCCUCCCCUGCUCUUCGACCUUUCCGAGGACCCGUCCGAGGCCCGGCCCCUGUACCCCGACGCCGGGCCCCUGUACCACGAGGCGGUGGCCCGCGUGGGCCGGGCGGUCCGGGAGCACCGCCGGUCACUGCGCCCGGCGCCUGAGCAGCUGUCCUUCUGGAACGUGGUCUGGAAGCCGUGGCUGCAGCCCUGCUGCGGGUCCUUCCCGUUCUGCGCAUGCUCCCGGGACGUGGACCCCAGGGAGACCUGACCUCGCCGCUCCCCAGGUUACAGCCCGGGGUGGGUGAGGAGGCAGGGAGAACGGGACCCUUGUGUGCUGUCGGGAAGGGACAACUGCAGCGGCUAUUGGGGGCAACGGGGUGGACGGUCCUCCAGCCACCAAAAAAUGGAACUACCCUAGGAUGCAGCUAUGCCAGCCCUGCGUGUGUGUGUGUGUGUGUGUGUCUGUGUGUCUGUGUGUCUGUGUGUGUCUGUGUGUAUCGCUCAGCCAUGUCUGAAGGAGUCUUUUGAGCCUAGAAGAGAAAACAACGGUUUCAACGGCCCUUGCUGAAUCAUCUAACUUGGGAGAAAACAAAACAGAACUUUAGGUCCCACCCUGAUGCCCCAGGCCAGUUGCAUCUAUCUGGGGCUUAUCACCCCCUGUCCAGAAAUCUUCCACCCCCUACACCUGUCCAGAAGACUUAUCACCCCCCUGCCCAACUACAAAUGCCAUCUCAGCUAAAGAAUACCCAAAACAUCCCUCCUAAUUAACGUUUCCUUAUCGCUUCUAUAAACCUCCCUAUAAAUACGGAGCCUCCCUGGUCCCUCUCUGCACUCAGCCUGGUCGUUAGGCCGACUGUCGCCCUUCCUUGCCUAAAUAAAGGUAACCU